AGCAAGCGGGGCUGGGGCUCUCAGCGGACCAGCCUCGGGAGAGUUCCGUUACGGUCGUUGGCGAGGGACCGUUGAGCCAGGAUGGCCGCGCGCGCUGAUUGGCUGCCUCCGCGCGCUCCGGACGGCCCGGUCAUCCGCACGGUGGAGAUGCACGCGGGCGGGGAGCCGCUGCGGGUGGUGCUGCCGGGUGGAGUGCCGGGCCUGGAGCCGGAGGGCGGCCUGUCGGUGCUGGCGCUGCGCCGCCGCCUGCUGGCCUCGCCCGAGUUGGACAGGCUACGGCGGCUGCUGAUGCACGAGCCGCGGGGCCACCGCGACAUGUACGGGGCGCUGCUGGUGCGUGACGCGUCGCUCGAGGCGGCCGCCGGCGCCCUCUUCGUCCACAACGAGGGCGCCAGCUCCAUGUGCGGCCACGCCGUCCUCUGCCUCGGCCGCCUGGCCCUCGACUACGGCCUCUGCCCGCCGCGCCCCACCGGCAGUGGGGAGGCCCCUGUCAUCCUGCGCUGUCCCUGCGGGCCCGUCGUCGCCAUGGUUCCCUGGGACGGGCAGCGCAGCGGCAGCCGCGUCCGCUUCCACAGCGUGCCCGCUUUCGUCUCCGUCACAAACCUGCCGGUUGAUGUACCUGGCUAUGGAAAAGUGAUGGUUGAUGUUGCAUAUGGGGGCGCUUUUUAUGCCUUCCUCAGUGCUGAAACGCUGAACCUUGAUGUAUGUUCCUCGAAACUUAGGGAUCUUGUGGAUGCAGCAUCUGCAGUAACUGAAGCGGUGAAGGCCCAGUUCAAAGUUUGCCAUCCUUUAAUUGAAGACAUGAACUUCAUUUAUGGGACUAUCCUGACAGAUGGAAAGGAUGCCUUCAGCGAUGAGCCGACCAGCAACAUUUGUGUGUUCGCAGAUGCACAGGUGGACCGAAGCCCUACUGGGUCAGGUGUGACGGCUCGCAUUGCCUUACAGUACCAUAAAGGACUCAUUCAGCUGAGGCAGACCCGGACUUUCCGAAGCAGCACGACUGGUUCCUUGUUCACUGGAAAAGCAGUGCAGGAAGCUAAAUGUGGCGACCACAAAGCUGUUAUAGUAGAAGUCUCCGGAGAAUCCUUUUAUACUGGAACGUCAACCUUCACUAUUGAAGAGAACGAUCCCCUGAAAUAUGGGUUUCUUCUUAAGUGAUUUUAUUUUCAGCCUUUCUAGUAACCUGGAUCAAACAAGUGGUCUGUUUUGCCUUAAAUUUCAAAUAUUAAUAAUCUGUAGUUUGAUUUCCUGGAAAGGUUUCUGCAGGGCCUUUUCUGUGCCUCAUGGGAAAUGAGUAUAACCUGAUAAUUGAGCUGUAAACCUUGAAGUUUCCUGUUGAUAUUUCUUCUGCUAUACUGUCCCCAUUUGGUGGUUUCCCAGGCAACAGGAAGGCAGCUCCUGGCCAGCAUGAGCCAAUUGCAGGGCUCAGCAGAGAUAUGGGUCUGGUUGGCUCCUCCUUCCAUCCCUCAUUUGAGCACCCAUUCUCAGCAGCCUGCAGGUAGGAUGGUUGGGGCAACUUGUUCAGGAGCCUGUAGAACUGGUCUCAGUCUAUUUUGCUUGAAGCUUGCAGGGGCUUUAGUGGGCUGGCAGUGCUGGCUGCCCUGCAGCUUUGGUAUCAUUUGGUUGGAAAACAGGCAUUCUACCCCAGAAAACAGUCCCCCUGUCACGGUUGGCUGGACACACAGGAGUUUCAAGUUACAAUUGGUCAAUGGAAACAGGCAGUGAGUGGAGAAAUCUUCCUUCCAGUCCUGGGGAAGAGCAGUUCAAGGAGUUUCAAGUUAUAAUUGGUCAAUGGAAACAGGCAGUGAGUGGAGAAAUCUUCCUUCCAGUCCUGGGGAAGAGCAGUUCAGUGCAAGUUGUACAUGCCAAACAAAGAUGGGUCAACUGGUUCUGGUGGGUUUUCCGGGCUGUGUGGAGGUGGUCUGGUGGAUUUUGUUCCUAAUGUUAGAUGCAGGCGAAAUUUUCCCUCUU